AGUCACUCAUUUUAGAAGUCAUGGUUCUUUAUUACAGGUAUUAAAGAGCUGCAGAAGGAUACUAGGAUGUCUAAUUUUUUAUUCAAAUGAAAGACAAGAUUCUGCUACACUGGUGGCCUGGAGAAGCACACUAUGUUUUCUUUCUAGAAAUAAAUCUUUCAAGAAGAAAACAGAACCUCAGUAUUCUUUACGCAUCCUAUAAAACCACAGAGUGUUUCAACUGAUAGUAUAUCAGAGCACAGAGGUUCUGCUGUUAAUAAUAAUUCAGCCUUGGAAGCAUUUGGAAGAUAAGUUCCAUCAUGGUGCCAUCACCCACCCCAAAUGAGCCAGAAAGGAGCCUUCUUGCUGCUUGCUGUGGCCAUGUAAUGUCAGCACUCUUGAGGUUUGUUGUUCAGAGCCCCACACAAAUCCCUGCUCUCAGCCCCCAGUCACUGAGGGCCUUCCCAGCAUUCUCUUUGCACAGCAAGGUGUCUGCAGCUGCUUCCAGAGCCCAGAUUAGAUCCCAACCAUCCCAAAAGGAGCUUCAGAAACGCACCUCACACUGACAGGCUGCCAGCAGAAUAGCUACUCUGAAGUACAGUUGCCUUAAACCAUACAGAAAUGAGAAUUUACAUAGGAUAAUCCCCUGCGCUUACACCUUAUGACAGAUUUUAGCAGGCCAGACAGAGCAGGCGUCUCCUUUUAGUACAUCUGUAGUUGACUGCCACACAGCUUUUGGCAAAGUUAGAAUUAUGUAGAAGACAGAAUGCUGCAAAGAAUUGAGAAGACCAAAGGGACUCCAGUCCCACGGAAAACCCUAAUUCAGUGUUUAAAAGAAACCAGGUAACUUUAUCAGGACCAUGUUUUCAAACUUUCAGUACAUGUCGAGUGCUGUAUGCCCAGCAGCACCAAUCACAUCUGAUCAUCAGUACAACUACACCAUACAAUAAUCAUGACCAGAAAACGUUAAGAAUUCACAACAGCAACGCCGAAGUUCUACUGAGUUGAGCUAGGAGGUGAUUAAAAGAGGAAGAAAAGAAAGGUGCGUUCAUUGUAGCAGCCCUCACGGCCAAACGACAGCACUCACGGCACCUGCGUUACGCAGGCUAACAAAGAUACCGGUGCCCACGGCGCUCCGCUCGGCGCAUGCGCUGCGCUGCCGGCAAUUGUUGCUCCGCUCCGUUCCAACUUGCAGUCGCCCCCGAGAGGCGUAGGCGCGGCCGGGGCCGGCAUGAGAGCGGCGAGGGGGGGCGGCCCAUAGGCGCUGUCGCUGUCCCUGGUGCUGGCCGUGGGGUGCGCGGCGCGCAGGUGAGCGCUGCCGGGUCGGGGAGGGGCGCGGGGCAGCGGCCGCCUCCCUGACUUGGUUCUGCUCCUUCCCGCAGCGCCGAUGAGCCCAGCAACAUGUCCUACGUGAAGGAGACGGUGGACAGGCUGCUGCACGGCUACGAUAUCCGCCUCAGGCCUGACUUCGGAGGUCCGCCCGUCGACGUGGGCAUGCGGAUCGAGAUCGCCAGCAUCGACGUGGUGUCGGAAGUCAACAUGGACUACACCCUUACCAUGUACUUCCAGCAGUCCUGGAGGGACAAAAGGCUCUCUUAUUCUGGAAUACCUCUAAACCUAACUCUGGACAACCGAGUAGCUGACCAGCUCUGGGUGCCUGACACGUAUUUCCAAAAUGACAAAAAGUCUUUUGUCCAUGGAGUGACGGUGAAGAACCGAAUGAUUCGGCUCCAUCCAGAUGGGACAGUCCUUUAUGGCCUACGGAUUACAACAACAGCUGCUUGCAUGAUGGAUCUACGAAGAUAUCCUCUGGAUGAACAAAACUGCACACUAGAAAUUGAAAGUUAUGGAUACACUACUGAUGAUAUUGAAUUUUACUGGAAUGGAGAGUCUGCAGUAACUGGAGUUAGUAACAUUGAGCUCCCACAAUUUUCUAUCGUUGAUUAUAAGAUGGUAUCAAAGAGAGCGGAGUUCACAACAGGAGCGUAUCCUCGGUUAUCACUUAGCUUCCGGCUUAAGAGAAAUAUUGGUUACUUCAUUCUGCAAACAUAUAUGCCUUCCACGUUGAUCACAGUUCUGUCAUGGGUAUCUUUUUGGAUCAAUUAUGAUGCCUCUGCAGCCAGAGUUGCUCUUGGAAUCACAACUGUGCUGACCAUGACCACCAUCAGCACCCACCUUAGGGAGACACUGCCAAAGAUUCCCUAUGUCAAGGCAAUUGAUGUUUACCUGAUGGGAUGCUUUGUGUUUGUGUUUCUGGCCUUGCUGGAAUAUGCUUUUGUAAACUAUAUAUUCUUCGGGAAAGGACCCCAGCGUCAAAAAAAGGCAGCAGGCAGAGAGACAGGCAAGAAGAGCAGCCUGGAAACACAUAGGGUCCAGGUUGAGCCCCACGGAGACAUGCUGCUUAGCACACUCAGCAUAAGAAAUGAUGUCAGCAGCUCGGAUGUGUUCUUUAGCCGCCGUGUUGCCCAAGGCCCUAUGUUCCCCAAGGCCCACACAUCUGACGGUGCUGGCCAGCAACACAGAAGGGCCCUCUCUGGUAGGGCACCCUACAGCAGGAGUGCACUGGACAGGCGUAGGCUUCAUCAGAAAGGGCACUUGCGAAGGAGGGCAUCCCAGAUCAGAGUCAAGAUACCGGACUUGACUGAUGUCAACUCCAUAGACAAGUGGUCCAGGAUGGUCUUUCCCGUCACAUUUAUUCUUUUCAAUGUUGUUUACUGGCUGUAUUAUGUACAGUAAUGUAUGCAAUAAUGUUGCUGUACACUAAUGUAUUGAGGCUUGUUUCUUUUCCGUCUCAGUUUCGCUAUGAAUAACUGCAAUAAACAUAACGUGAGAUUUUCAAGGUAAGGUACCUAUCCAAUGAAUACCUCUAGAUCUAGGCUUUCAAAGCAAACUCUCAAAUAAAUGAAAAAGCACCCAUACUCACACAUUCUGAUUGGAAUAUUACUAAAUUCCUUAAUUUCUACAGUAUGCAUCACUCACAACUUUCCAGCAUUUGCUUUUGUCUUUUUUAAGUGGAAUAAAAUUUAGCCACAUACUAUAAUCCCCUGGCAACAUAUUUCCAAACAAGAUAGUAAAAUCACUCAGAGUAGUCAUCAUGUCACAGUAUUUAAGUAUUAAAAGUGUAAAGAAACCAGAAGAAAUAAUUUUUGCAAGAUUAUAACUGUUGCAUCAACACACAAUUUCAAAAUAGUUCUACUAAAAGUGUUUUCAUGUAUGAGAUAUCAUUCAAGGAGAUAUAAGCCAACUAAUACUUCAGCGAGGCCAAGAUCUUCAAAGGAAAGAAAGGGAAGUGGAGACAAACUCCACUGAGUUUCCAGCCAUGGAAUCAGAGGUUUGGACCUAACUAGAAUUUUGUUAUUUCCACAAAGUAGCAAAGUUGAAAUUGAUAAGAAAACUAUGCCAUCUGCAAUUUUGUAUUAAAAUCAGAAAAUGUCUUAAUUCCUGCAAGCAAUUGCUACAGGAUACCCCAGACCCAAAGCAGACUGUUUUCUUGGCUCUCAGAUUUCCUGUAUCCAGUAAUUGCAACACAUCUUCCCAGGAGCUAGCAGAGA